AUGUUUAGGACAGAGCAAGAGAGCAGAAAAUUAUUAGAAGUGGGGACAGAAAAGAGGCAAGUAGACAGGAAGCCGUCAAAGGUUUUGAACAAAAGAACAGAAGAAUUUAACAGAACUGUUUGGGUUACCAUGCUGACAGUAAACGCUAGGCUGGAAGGCAAGGGACCAGUCAGGGGCUGGAAGCAGUACAUCCAGCCCAGAGAUGAUGGCUGCUGGAACCGUGAUGCUUGUGACGGAAGUGAUGAGAAGUAG